AUGCCCCACAGAGCAAGGAGGAGCCGCAAUCUGUUCCGCAUUUUGCUUCCGGCCUGCCUGCCCACGUUCCUGGCACUGAGGGUCGGGGAGCUGGGGAGUUCAGAUGGGCCACCGCGCAACUGGAAGGGAAUUGGGAUCGCCUUGAUGGUGAUCCUGGCUGUCAUGUCAUUGGUCAUUCUCUCCGUCGCUCUCCUCACUCCUGAUGAAUCUCAAUUGUUACGCCGCUCCCUUCUCACCAUGGAAGACCUGGAGAGUGAAGAGUUCAAAGUUCACGACCCCUGUGUAUCCUGGUUGACAGAAAAUGAAGUAGUUCUGCGCAGCAAAGAAGGACAUGUUUUGUCGUUCAACCUCAACUACAACCUGACCACCACACUGUUGGACAACGCCUCACUGGACCUGAGUGCCACAAAAUUCCAAGUUUCUUCAGACAAGCGCUUUGUGCUCCUGGCUUACAAUAUUAAACCGGUGUUCUCUCAGUCCUUCACAGGCACCUUUGCUAUCUACAGUGUGGCCACUGGGGAUCGACUAGAGCUUAGGCCACCACUGACAGAGGAUGCUAAUUUGCAGUACGCUUCAUGGGGACCUCAGGGGAACCAGCUGGCUUUUGUUUUUGAUGGAGACAUCUACUACAAGUCCAGUGUGACCAGCCAAGCUCUGCGUCUCACAUCCACUGGCGACCGGCACCGUGUGGUAAACGGGCUUUCAGACUGGACCUACGAAGAGGAGGUACUUUUGUCUUACGCUGCCAACUGGUGGUCACUGGAUGGCGCCCGGCUGGCUUACCUCAGCAUCAACAACUCUGCCACACCCCUUAUGGAAAUACCACAAUUUUUGGGGGGCCUGUACCCCUCUAAUUUAAUCUUCCCCUACCCCAAGGCUGGUUCCAAUAUCCCAUCUGUUAGCCUGUUUGUUGUGAAUCUGUAUGGGCCGGCCCACACGGUGGAGAUGAUGCCCCCUGAUGCAGUCAGAGCCAGAGAAGGCUACAUCUCCAUGGUGACAUGGAUCAGCAGCACCCGCCUGGCAGUUCGUUGGUUGAACAGGGCCCAGAACCAAUCGGUGCUUUGCGUUUGUGAGGCCACCACGGGGGCAUGCUCGGAGAAACACAAGAUGACCUUGGAUAUAGUUCACAGGCAAUGGCAGUCUAUGCAGGAUGUGCCUCUAUUCUCAGAGGAUGGCUCUGUGUUCUAUGCCAUCCUGCCUGCCAAGCAGGGCGCCCGUGGAGAGUUCAACCAUAUCGCCACUCUGUCAGCCCAGCCCACAAUUCCCUCUAUCCCUCCUCGUUUUUUGACAUCUGGAAGCUGGGAUGUCACCUCACUUUGCGCCCUGGACGAGAAGGCUGGAAAAAUCUAUUUCCUGAGUACAGAAGAAUCCAGACAAGGCAGGCACCUUUACAGCGUGGAUGUGGACGGAGCAUUUCACCGCCAGUGCAUCACCUGUAACCUCCUCGAUGGAUGCAACUUCUUUCAAGCCGAUUUCAGUCCUAAUUGCACCUAUUUCACUCUCCGCUGCCUUGGUCCAGGGAUUCCGAGAGUAUCAGUUCACUACUUAAAGGACCCCUCUAGAUAUGUUAUCUUGGAGGACAACACUCCCCUUUCCAAAGCCCUGGAAGACAAACAUCUCCCUGAGACUCUGUUCAGGACCUUUUCUGCGGACACCCAUGAUGUGCACCUGAAAUUAUCUUUACCGCAAGGUUACGAGGCUAACCUCCACCCGCUGCUUAUCAUUUUAGACAGCCUUCCCAGUAGUCAGUCAGUGACAGAAGAGUUUGCGCUUGACUGGCCUCAGGUCCUCUGCAGCUCACACAAUGUUGCGUUGGCGUGGGUGGACAGCCGUGGACAGAAGACCUCCACCUCAGACCCCCGUAGGCUUGGUUCACUUCAAGUCAAAGAUCAUUUGGAAGUUGUAGAGCUGUUGAUGAAGCUGCCGUUUAUUGAUGAUCGCCGCAUGGCUCUUUAUGGCAAGGCAUUUGGUGGACACUUAACUCUCAAAAUGUUAACUGCAACAGAGAAGCUCUUUCAGUGCUCAGCUGCUGUGGCCCCAGUAACUGACUUUAGGCUUUACAGUGCCGCAUUCUCCGAGCGGUAUCUCGGUCUUCCAACAAAGGAGGAGCAUAUUUACUCGACUGCCUCUCUGUUGGAGGAGGUCAGCAAACUGAAAGACGAAAACUUUCUUAUUCUACACGGAACUGCAGAUGCUAGGGUCCACUUCCAGCACAGUGCAGAGCUCCUGAGCCGAUUGGUCAAGGUAGAGGCCAACUACUCCCUGCAGUUGUAUCCAGAUGAGGGUCACUCAUUGCGGGAACCGCGCAGCAUUCAGCACUUCCAGCGCACAAUUGUGAACUAUAUUCAUAACUGCUUCAAGCACGAAGCCCUCUCAUAUACAGCUGAGGAUGACGAAGAGGAGGAUGACUGA